UACAUUCACAUUUCCUCCCUAACUGUGCUGUGGUAUUGGUGUGUAUUUGGGUGUAUGUAUAGGUAUGACUGGGUAUGACGGGUAUGACUGAAGGGUGAGUGAUACGUCAGGUAGAAAAUCUUGGUCCAUUUAACGAACAAAAUGUUAAUUGUGUUUUAAACAAUCAAGUCUGUAAGAGCUUCUUUGUGAUGUUGAUACGAGACUUGAUUUUUCGUGUAAUACAUAAGGGUACGUGUAGUAAAUGUACCUGGACGUAAAGUAAUAGGUUAGAAGAAACUCUUCCUGCUCUGAUAAACAUAUAACUAUAAUUGAUCUUUCGAAAUUUCUUACAUCACACCUCAUUCUUUGAAACGUACGAAGAUGCCUCAUUUCGUGAGCACCAGGGAUGAGAACGAAUAUAAUAUGGACGACAUAGCAUCUGAUUUCGUUUGCUUGAAAGUGUCUGCUUUGAAGAAGGCUUCGCAAAUAUCAGGGCAAGUGGACAGAAUUACUAUCGGGCCAAAUUUGAAAGUGAACGAGAACGAGAAUGAGAAGACAGAGAAUAUUGAGAAUGAACAGAAUUCCUGUAACGUUAGAGUUCCACAGAAAUCUAAUCGGCCACAGAACAAAACUUCGGUACAAAGCGGUAUUUCGUUCUCUGUAAAGAAGAUCCUUCUGGAGUGUGAAUAUCAGAGGAAAGAGGAGGUCCAGAAAGAGAUCGACCGCCGUUGGCAGCAGAUGAAAGAAAGUGGAAAAGCCAUACUGGAAAACAUGGCAAUAUCACGUUUAAACAUGGCUAAAGAACGUGAACGUAAAAUCCAAGAGAAUAACGAUACGAUAUUAAAGGAACAGCAAAAAGCUGGACAAGAAGAGUUACGAAGAAGACACGAGCGACAGAGAGAACUCGAAGAAUAUCGGAAGAAAAUGAGAGAAAAAGAAGAAGUGACAACGAAAUUGAUCAUUUUAAGAAAUUUAUAUGACAUAAAAUAUCGUUAUUUUGCAGCGUAUUCCGAAAAUUGUAAAGAUAAGAAUUCUGUUGCCAUAGCGUUGUCAAGUCAUGCUGCAAAAUUAGAAGAGUUGAAUUAUCAAAUGAAUUUAAUAGACGAAAAGAUUAGGGCAGAUGACGUGACAGCCACUGAUUUAAGUAUCAUUGAAAAGAUAGUCAAUGAAGUUGACGAAAUAUUAUGCUCGUUUAAAUCAGAAAUAGAUAGGAUAAAUGUUCAGUAUGAAGAAACCUUAAUUGCCGCCGAAAAUGCAAUGCAUUCUGCACUGCAGACCCACAAAUCACAAGGGCACGAAAUCGAAGGCAAUCAAGUAGCUUGUGAACCAGUAAUUUUAGAACAGUGUACACACGAUGUGCAGAAUAAUGCUUCGCAAAGCUAUGAGGAAAAUCAAACCGAAGUGCAAGAUGAAAACAGAACAGUUGUUUUAAAUAUUCCGAAGGUUGUACCUUCAAAUGCCAAUGCAGAAGAAAGUGCAACGUCCGAAUCGGAUAAAGAUGUUUUUUAUGAAUACGCUGAUACAGAAUCGCUGCAGAUAUAUGAGAACAGUAAAAAAUUCCUGACAGAUUACCUUCUAUCUCUCGACGAAUUUUUGCAAUCUGCGGAUACGAAGAAGUUUCGAUUCGAAUGCCAGAAAGCAAUAAAUAUACCUGUGAACGCGAUAUCUGGUAUCAACGCGGAACAUCUGAGGGACAAGUAUGAGAGAUUGCAAAACCUUCUUAUAGGGAAAUCUUGGCCAAACGUUAAGCAGUACCCACAGGGAGAAGCCUUUUGUAAAAAUAUCUUAAGUAAAAAGAUUGUUAGUCAAGGUGAAACGCUUGUCUCCAGUAAACCAAAGAUGGCAUUUCCAAUCGCUGCGGUGGUCGUGGCUCUUUGGAAUGAACAUCCCGAUUUCGGUCAUUUACUUCUGUCACAUUUUCACGACCUUUGCCCGUUCACUGUUCCUGUUUUCAUCCCGAAGAUGGUCGGGCAGUCGAACGAGGAUUAUUACAAGUCAAUGGGUUACAAAUAUUCCGAAGAUGGCACAGUCGAGAAACAUGACAAAUACCUAAAAAGAAUGUCCGGUUUAAUGAGAUUGUACGCUUCCAUCAUUAUCACGCAUCAAAGAAAGAGAAUUGCUAAAAGUAACCCGCAUGGACUUCAAAAUGCAUGGCGAUGGUUGGCUGCUGUUUUAAAUAUCGAGCCGAGAAAAGAAAUAACAGAUCUUUGCGCGACUCUCUUAUUGGACAUUCUCGAAGUUUCCGGGAAUGCGUUGUGGACAGCUUAUCCGAAACAAUUUUAUAAAUUGUUGAUUCUAUUGACAGAGGAAUAUUAUCCGCGUAUGCAGAAUGUAGGUUUCAUCGGUGGCGGGCCGUUAGUAAGAUUGGAAGAAUUUUUAAGGAACAGUUUAACGAAAGGAUCGAUACCACCGCCCGAAGGUGAACUUGCUCAGAAUUUUUGGUAAUCUCAAUGUUAAUUCUCUAAGUACCAAUAACGAUAUUAAACAAAUUCUGUUAUCGUCGAUAAAACGCUGUAUGCUUCGUAAAUUGAUGUUCGCGAACAAGCGCUGAACUUGCAGAUUAAUCAACGAUAGACACUUUUCUUGUAAGAAAAUAUUCGAAAUCUGUAUAUAUGGGAAAUCAUGAUUGAAUAUUAUAUUUAUUAUAUAAUUUUUUAUUGUACGGAUAAUAAGAAAGGAACAUGAACGUUAUUGUACCUGGAAUUAAGUUGUUACGAAUGCAAAGUAGAUGGUAAAGAUCCUAUGUAAACAUGAAUAAAGUAUGUAUGAAGGAACA